GCGGUGUUGCCACAGGCCCCGGCCCGCCACCUGCGGGGCUCCAGCCAUGGGCGGCCUCAGCGCCUCCACUGCCUUCCGGGAGCAUCUCCGCCGGCUGUGCCUGGGCGAAUUCCCCUGCGGUGCCGGCAGCUGGAACAGGUCCCGUUUCGAAUUAAGGAAAAGGAAACCUGGAGGAAAUGCAGCCCAGAGAGAGGCAGCUGCAGGCACAGCCCAGCACCAGGAAAUUGCAACUCCCAGUGAAGAGAGCCUGGAGACCUUAAUGGAGUUUGUGAGCAGCCAGGACUCCCCCUGGGCUCUGCCACCUGACUGCAGCCCCGAGGAUCAGCACCUGAGGGAACUGGCAGUACAAUCGCCGCAUCUUAUCCAGGACAACUUCAUCUUCUUGUUCUUCAGGUCCUUAAGGAUAGUGGAUAAAGGAGUAAAUGCAGUUGAUGAAAAUUUGUUGAAGUUUCAUAACCUGGAAGAGCUCAUACUCAGUGCCAAUCAAAUCAGCAAAAUAAACUCUGCCAACCUUCCUAGAACACUGAAGGUCUUGGAGCUCUGUGCCAAUGAGAUUGUCGGUUUGCAGAAUCUGUGUUCUCUCCCACCUCCGGAACUCCAGCAUUUGGGGCUGGGCUACAACACGCUGCUGGGCUCUUCCGAGGAUAAAUAUCUCACAGCAGAAUUCUGGCCAAAUCUUCUUUCUCUUGAUCUAAGUUUUAAUAAUUUUACGGAUCUGUUGGGCAUAGUCUCUAAACUGGCCACUCUGCGGAGGCUCAGAACGCUUGUGCUCCAGGGUAACCCUUUAGCGCUCAUUCCUGGCUACAGAGGUUUUGUAAUAGACAGCCUGCCCAAACUCUGUAUACUGGACGAUAGGAACAUAUUGCCUGAUGAGAAGCAUCAGUUCCAUGGUCUGUCUAGCAAGCCAGAUCUCAUUGGGAAUAAAGCACAACUGGUGGUGAAUGUUGGGAAAAUCAAAGGUGUCCCCAACCCCAGCAAGCCAGAGGAGCUGGAAAGCGGCCCAGAGUCUCCAGUGAUCACUUACAGCUACUAUGUGACGUACGAGUUUAUGGAGAGGGAGGAAGCCGAGGACACUAACAAUUCUGAGGUAAUAAAAUUCCAUCAGAGUCAAAUGGUGGCUACACCAAACUCUGGGAGCCCACCAGGGAAUGCUGACACAGGAGGAUCGGAGUCUUCAUCUAUGUCUUCUCUGCUUAAACAGGAGCUUCCAGCAAACAGGGCGAACAGGCACUUCACCCUUCGGAAGCACUGGGCUGAGACCAUUGAGUGCAGCCACAGGAAGGAGCAUGUCACUGGGGAUUUAGUGGCACUGAAAGCCUUCCUCAUGGCUGGAACCACCGUCACUGUUGUAGAGGAAAAGGUGCUUUCAUGGCCCAUUGCUGCAGCUCUGGCUGAAGAUGCAGGCAAGAAGAGGAAGGCGGAUAAGGGAAAAGCAGAGAAGGGGAAGCCAAAGGAUGGUGGUAAGGGCGACAAGCAGAAAAAGAAAAAGGAAAGCCCUAUUGAACUCUGCAGUGAGCCGCCUCUUUUGAGAAGCCUGGGGUCUGGGCACGUGAACUUGGAGAGCCUCUUAACAGGCGACCAGCUUGUGGCCAUGGUGUGUGACUUCGGAGUCCUCAUCACUGAGGAAACAACUCAGCCACCGUCUCCUAAGCAGAAGGAUGCUAAGAAGAGCAAAGACAAGAACAAAAAAACGAAAACUGGGGGAGAAAGUCCUGCAAGCCAAAAAACCACAGUGGCUGUCAAAGGUAUUGGCAGAGGUAGAGCUAUCAACAUUUCUAGAGCCCCUCGGAAGGGCUGUGUCACUGAGAUGCACAAUAAGCAAGGCAGCGCCAGCAUCCUCCAUCCAUCCAGCUGUAGGUUGCGCACAAGCAUCUUCGUAGCUCUAAUUCAGCAAGGAACUUAAACACAUUCCUAAUUUUCAGCACACAAGUAGUUCCAUUCACCAAACUGGGGUUGUAUGUGUGCUUAAAGUUAGACACAUGCUUAAGUACCUUGCUCAAUUGUUGCCUAGCUAGGUAGAUGUGUGUGUGUGUGUGUGUGUGUGUGUGUGUGUGUGCGUUUGUGUGAAUACAUACGCAUUCAGGGCAUGGCAUGGGCUAGUUGAUCCGAUAGGGGAGUGUUGUCUAGUAAUAACAUAGCGUAUACUAACACUUAACAAUCUCAUUGUGUUUUUUCAUCUGUGGAUCUCAACGCACAUGGCAAAGGUAAUAUCAGGGCACAGAGACGGGAAGUGGCUUGCUCAAGCUCACACAAUGAGCCCAUGGCAGGGCAAGGAAUAGAACCUAAGUCCCCUAAUUUGCAGCCCUGCCUCUCCUAUUCCCCUGACUUCACUAGUCUUUAGAGUAAGGGAUUGGCCAUCAAUACUCUUAGCAUCUUUUCCAGCUCUGCUGCCAACUGUGUGACCUGGGGAAAGUCACUUAACCCUUCUGUGCCUCAGUUUCCCUGUCUGUGAAUGAGACCCACCCACAUCUGAAGGGUGACAACAGGCUGUGAGGUCCUUGCUUUUCAAUAUUUCUGCAGGAAGAGGAGUCUUUUGUAGCCUCAGGGUGACUUUCUGAUUCCCCAGUGCCCUAGCUCCUACCUUGUCCUAGAAGAGUGUCCCAGCUGCUUUCCAGCCAGUGCUUGUCCUGCUUGAGAGAAAGUUGUAUGAAAAGACAGUUUGUUGAACCAGCUGCGACUCUCACCCCAUAGAGCAAGAUACACAUUUGAAACAAGCGUUAAACGUUUCUGGAAGUUUCAUGCUCCUGGAUGCUGCACUGAACUCGAUCACCACCCUAGCAACCCACUCACCCAUAUAGGGAAAGAGGCCAUAGCCACAGUGCUAGUCCACCUAGUGUCAGCACACUUGUAACAAACCAAAUGCAUUGUAACCAUUGCAGAGGGCAGGCUUGAAAGGUUACAAGUAGCCCUUAGCACCGGGGGUUUCUUUUUAUUUUUUUCAUGACUGGAAUAUCAUGCAGCCUCAGCAACAAUGAUGGAGUCAGAUGCGCAAUAAAUAUCCAAGUGUGUUAUCAUGGACUUGGAAAACUCAUUGGUAUUAAGCAGAAGAUUUUGCUUAGUUUGGCAUUUCCUUACUUCUGUGCAUAUUAAGGCUAGCCAACCCUUUCCCUUGGCUGGCAGAGCAGGGGAGAAAUUGAUUGCGUGGGCAUAGUUUGUGGAGGGUAGGGGACAUUGCACACCCCCCAAGCUGCAAGCCUCUGGCAGCUGUGGAAUUUGCCCUGCCCCCCACGCAUGGCCCCGUUGGCCUGAAUGGAGCUGCCCCUCCAAAUAUAGAAGUCAAACUACACCUAUACUUGAUUGUCUUUCAAAGAUUAGGGACAUAAUCUGUGGUACCCCUGCUCAGCCAGCAGCAUGCACCAAGUAGCUUGAGGGUUUCCAUUUGUUGUUUAGGGUUCAUAGGCAAAGAGGUGGUCGUAUUUCCACAAGUCAGACCUGAACUAUUAGAGCUAAGAGCUGGUGCAAUAAUUUAAGGUGCGAUUGGCUGCAUUUGUUGUUGUUUUUCCUGGCUGUGCAGACAACUGCCAGGGACUCAUGAAAAUGUGUGCAAAUCUUGAAAGUGUCAUGAAUUGUAUCACAAAUUAUCACGCUGCACAGUGGGUUAUUCACCAUUUGCUAUUCUCCUGUUUAAAAGGUAUGUCAGUCAUUCAGGGAGCCGAAAUGUCUUGUGAGUUAGAUGGCCGAUCACAUACUACAAAUAAUGAGGGGUCAAAAGCUUUAGCUACACUUAGAAACCUGGUACUAACAGUAGUAGAUGUAAUUCACCACUGCAGUAUAGAUCCCAUAGAAGACAUCUGAGCUCUGUCUACACCACAGCUUCCACUGCUACCAUUCUUGGAGCUGCACUAGUGAUGAAUGGUAGCUAUAGAGUUUGCUAAUGCAGGUGCAGCCACAGUGAACAAUUUGCAAAUAACCCAUAGUCUGAAAUUAGUGUGCAUCAUCUAUUCAACAAAUACGUACAAAUAGUGAAAACUACCAUUUAAUCAGGAUCCCUCACCGACAGGGGCAAAAGUGAAGUCUCAUCCACAAUGAAUGAUUUGACCAGACACUGAAAGAUGUAUUCUCAGCCUGAGGCCUGUAGGUUUCAUUUGACCCCCUGAACAGAUUCUCCAU